AUGGGUGCCAAGGAUGGACGCGAGCGAAAAUUCAAGGUUGUCCCGCUGUCGGGCGCGUAUCGACGGGGACGGUGGCAGUGCACGGAUUUUGCCGAUCAAGAGAUCCCGCUCGAGAUCGCCGACUCGGUGGCGCUGCUGAUGAGCGACGAGAGCAAAGCGUCGAGCAGAUGCAGUGAAAUACAAGAAAUCAUCGACGUGGAAGAGUCGACAACGCUUGUCGUCACCUCGGUGAUCCCGCAUCCACCGACUCCACCAUCAAGAUCUCGCAUCGCACUCGACGAGGAUUCAAAGAUUGAGAUCGGUGGAACAAACUCCAUCUCUCCGGCUUCAAAUCGCGCAUCGGUUGACUCACAUAUGGUCGACGAGUCGGCGCCCGACUCAUCCGAUCCAACGAAUGACGGAACUAUUGAUAUCAAGAUAAACCAGGUACUCGACCUUGUCAAGACACAUCUGACGUUUGCGGUCAACGAGGAAGUUGAACGAUUCAAGCAAAAAAUUGCUGAGCUAAAGGAUAAGACCAAGUUACUCGAGGCUGAGAACGAGUUCCUUCGGAAACACGCGCCACAGGAUGUUCUCGACAAAUUGCCAUUGCCGCCACAUUGUCAGAUACCGGUUCCAAUCUUUCGGGAAAGCAAG